AAAACCCUAAAACGACAAAACACAAACAAGAGGAUUUAUCAGAGAAAAAAAAAAAUCAAUAUCUGGCCUUUGGUGACCAAAAAAGGGGAUUUUUGUAUCUAAGCCUUCGGAGUCUUCACAGCCAGUCGACGUAUCACUGGAAAAGGUCUUUCUUCAUUGCGGGAUCACUGCUGCCUUCUGCUCUUACAAUAGGCAGGUUUGGUUACUGCUACUUUUCCGUGGGCUACUAUGAGCUUCACUGGUCCUUCUGUUGGUCCUGGUGGUAAAACCAUUAGAAGAGCACUUGAAUUUGGAAGAACCUCUGUGGUCAGGCCCAAAGGCAGGCACCAAGCGACCAUAGUUUGGCUGCAUGGCCUUGGUGAUAAUGGUUCAAGCUGGUCGCAGCUCCUGGAGACCCUCCCUCUUCCAAAUAUUAAAUGGAUAUGCCCAACUGCCCCUACUCAACCAAUAACUAUAUUUGGUGGCUUUCCAUCAACUGCUUGGUUUGAUGUGGGAGACCUUUCAGAAGAUGCUCUUGAUGAUAUAGAAGGUCUGGAUGCUGCUGCAGCACAUGUUGCAAAUUUGUUGUCAACAGAGCCUGCUGACAUUAAACUUGGUGUUGGAGGCUUCAGUAUGGGUGCAGCUACCUCCCUAUACUCUGCAACCUGUUUUACUCAUGGAAAAUAUAGGAAUGGCAAUCCGUAUCCUGCCAAUUUAAGUGCAGUUGUUGGACUUAGUGGAUGGCUUCCAUGUUCAAAGACUUUGAAAAGCAAAAUAGAAGGACAGGAUGAAGCUGCAAGACGUGCUGCAUCCUUGCCCAUUUUGCUAUGCCAUGGCAAAGGUGAUGAUGUGGUUCCAUAUAAAUUUGGUGACAAAUCCUCACAAACAUUGAGUUCAAAUGGAUUUCAGGACGUGACUUUCAAAUCCUACAAUGGGCUUGGUCACUAUACAAUCCCUGAGGAGAUGGAAGAGGUUUGUGCUUGGUUAACUUCAAAACUGGGCCUUGAUGGCCGAUCCACUUGAUAUUGCUUAAAUGGUCCUGGACCUUGCUAGAACUGUGUGUGGUGGAACAAGAGAACCUGUACCGAUGUGACCAUCAACUUGCAGUUUGGAAAUUUAUUAUUUGUAAUGCAAACUGGAUUGUAAAUUUUAUGUUUUGCACAAUGUUUACCUUGCUAUUCAGCGUAAGAAUAACGCCCACGGUUUUCUGAUUCACCGGCGUCACUAAGAAUUAUUGAUGUAUUGAGCUCCUGUUUUUGACAAGCAUGUUGGAGCAUUUUCUUUGUAAUUUGAAAGCACAACCAUCUU